AGUCAAUCCACGCAAUCAUGUCCGCCGUCAAGAAGCGCAAGGUCGCUCGCGAGGCCCCGGCCCCUGCUCCGGCUCCUGCGCCAGCCCCCGUGCCGGAAAGCGAUGUCGAAGCCUCCUCUCCAGAGCCCGCUCAGGAAACCCAACGCCCCAAGACAUUCCAGGAACUCGGAAUCAUCGACCAACUAUGCGAAGCCUGCGAUACUAUGGGGUUCAAAAAUCCCACGCCGAUUCAGUCGGAGGCCAUUCCGAUCGCGCUACAAGGGAGAGAUGUGAUCGGUCUCGCUGAGACCGGAAGUGGAAAGACCGCAGCUUUUGCUCUUCCCAUCCUACAAGCCCUGAUGGAGAAGCCCCAACCCCUAUUUGGCCUCAUCCUGGCCCCGACCCGUGAACUCGCCUACCAGAUCUCCCAAUCCUUCGAGGCCCUAGGAUCGACCAUCAAUGCCCGCUGCGCCGUAAUCGUCGGAGGCAUGGACAUGACCUCUCAGCAGAUCGCUCUCGGCAAGAAACCGCACAUCAUCGUGGCAACCCCUGGUCGACUACUCGACCAUCUCGAGAACACCAAGGGUUUCAGCUGCUCCCGACUUCAGUACCUCGUAAUGGACGAAGCCGACCGACUCCUGGACAUGGACUUCGGUCCCCUCCUCGACAAGAUCCUCAAAGUCCUCCCCCGCGAACGCCGCACCUUCCUCUUCUCCGCAACCAUGAGCUCCAAAGUCGAGUCUCUACAACGUGCCUCCCUUUCCAAUCCUAUCCGCGUCGCCGUCUCCACAAGCAAAUACCAAACGGUCUCCACCCUCCAGCAAUCCUACCUCUUCAUUCCUCAAAAGCACAAGGACCUGUACCUGGUCUACCUGUUAAACGAGUUCUCCGGAAAGUCGGCAAUUAUCUUCUCACGAACCGUGAACGAAACACAACGAAUCGCAUUCUUGCUUCGUGGAUUGGGCUUCGGGGCCAUCCCGCUACAUGGUCAGCUUUCUCAGUCCGCGCGAUUGGGCGCCCUUGGAAAGUUCCGUUCCCGUAGUCGUGAUAUCCUGGUCGCUACUGAUGUGGCUUCUCGUGGUCUGGAUAUUCCGUCCGUUGAUGUCGUUCUGAAUUACGACUUGCCGAGUGACUCCCCCAGCUACGUCCACCGUGUUGGACGUACCGCCCGUGCCGGAAAAAGUGGUCUUGCCAUCAGUUUUGUGGCCCAGUAUGAUGUCGAAGUCUGGCUGCGCAUUGAAGGCGCCCUGGGCAAGAAGCUCAACGAAUACGAUUGCCCCAAGGACGAGGUUAUGGUACUUGGUGAGAAUGUCGCCGAGGCACAGCGGCAGGCCAUCAUGGAGAUGAAGAGUUACAAUGAGAAGAAGGGAAUUAAAGGAAAGAAAUUUGGCAAGCGGUCUCGGGACGAAAUGGAUCAUGAGGAGGGUUAAGAUAUAAACAGUUGAAGAUUAGCCCCUCAGUUUACGAAGUUAAUACCCAAAAUGAUGAUUGUUCGCUCACUUGUACGGUG